AUGUGGAGUGGCGGACCAUCAAACCCAAAUAACAAUGGUCCACCCAAAUAUGACUCUGAUGAUGACUACAUUCUUGGAGUAGCCGAUGCUGCGGUAUUCUAUACGGCAUACUUGGAACAUCCAUUGUCGACUCCUAGGAAUAAUAGCCACUACACAUGUACGCAGCGUCUAAGUGAUUUGUUAAAUGGACACGAGAUGGUAAUAUACAAUAAGAUUAGGAUGGGCAGCGAUUGCUUUAGGAAACUGAGUUGGUUACUCGAACAAAAAAAUUUAUUGAGGAGUACUAGAAAUAUGAGUGUUGAUGAGCAAUUGAUCAUUUUCUUGACAAUUGUUUGCCAAAACGAAAGUAAUAGAGAGACACAACAUCAAUGGCAACACUUGGGGGCUACAAUUUCAAAGUACUUCAUGGUAGUGUUGAAUGCCAUAUAUCGUCUGCGGCAUGAUUUUAUUAAGCCACCUGACUUUAACCGCAUCGAUCCACUUAUUGAAGCAAGUCGGAGCAAGUACAGACAUUGGUUCGAUAACUAUGUUGGCGCGCUCGAUGGGACGCACGUUCCCUGUGUACCGCCGCCAGAAAAUGCAGAGUUCACGUAUAUGCUUGCCGGGAGGGAGGGUUCCGCGCACGACGCACGAGUUCUUGAAUCAACAAAUGAAACGCCAGAAAAGAAAUUCCAUGUCCCUCCAACAGGAAAAUUUUAUUUAGUAGACUCCGGUUACGCAAACACAGGUUGUUUCCUAGCUCCUUAUCGCGGUUGUACGUACCACUUGCAAGAGUAUAGGGCACGUCGAGGUCGACCUCGAAGUGAGCGGGAGUUAUUUAACUACACCCAUUCAUCGAUUAGGAAUUGCAUCGAGCAGGCGUUCGGGGUGUGGAAAGCGAGGUUCUGCAUUCUAAAGAUAAUCAACAAUUACGCGAUGCAGAAACAAACGAGAAUACCUAUUGCUUGUGCUGUGAUACAUGACUUCAUACGCAUGUAUCAACAUGAUGACAGCUUCAUAAAUCAAUACUUACAAGAUGGGGUACCGGUAAGUGAAAUUGACCCCUUGAACACGGAUGAGGAUGUCAAUCAAAAUCAUAACCCAAAUCGGAGUAUGGAAGGACCAAGAAACACCGCGAGUCGAAGGGAGAUGGGUCUUAUGAGGGAUAAAAUAGCGAGAACUACAUGGCAGGCUCAUGGUGGAAAUAACAAUCGCUAA